AUUUUUUAUGCCCAUGGAGCUUAACAAGGCCGAGGAGGGUGUAGAUUGGUUUCAGGGUUGCACCGGUCUCACGCUUGUGAGGAGCUCUCUGGGUCUUCCAAAUUCAUUUAUUCUACAGCAAUCCCUUCGAGGUUUGUUGCAGCAUGGAUACACGGUGGUCCUGGUUACAGCAGAGCAAUCCUUCGAACGGUACCAGUACGCACUGAAGAAAACGGGGCUGGCUCUCCAGCCGUACGAGCAAUCCGGACACCUUGUCGUACUGGAGGCCCCCCUGGCGCCGCUGGGUGUUGCAGCUCGAGCAACGGACACUGGGCAUGGGGCAUCAUCCCCCGCGCAAGGACCUCUGACAGCGGACCACUCAACUGAAAGAAGUAAAGGCAGCAGCAGCCAUUGCGGAGGCAGCAGUAGCAGCAGCAGCAGCAGUAGCGCCUUGCAACAGCUGUACGGCGCCAUACGCCAAGCGGUCGAGCGGGUGCUUCCACCGGCAGCAAUGGCGCCGACUGGUGUGGCGGUCAUCCUGGAUUCCCUCACGGCGCUGGCAUGCUUGCGCCAGAACAGCCAGGAAUGGUCUGCUUUUCUCCACUACUGCUGUUCCGGCUGCGGCGGGGUGGCUCCUGAAUUGCCUGCGUGCCCCAACUUGUCACGUCAGCAGCAGCAGCAGCAGCAGAUGCCGUACUGUGUCGUUGCGGGGGUGUACGACGACGUGCCCGACGACAGACCCUGGCUGAAAUCCCUGGAGCACCGCGCAAACAUGGUGGUUUCUUUGGAGCCCCUACCAGGGCGCAUUGCUGACGUGGACGGCCUGCAGCCACGAGGCCGCCCCUGCCCCCUGCAGCUGCCCCCUGCAGGGCCCUGGGUGACGAUCACACGACGUUUCAUGGUGGAGCCAAGCUCCCGGAGGUCUCCAACAGGUGGAAGCAGGCCGCCAGCCGAGACAGCAGCUGCAGCGGCAGGGCACACGGCAGACGACAUGGCGUUUUGGGGACCUCCAGUCCAGUGGGGGGUCACCGCACCAGGCGCCUGGCGUAAGUCGUUGUACUUCAAAUCUUCGGAGCUGUCGGUGAAGUGGGUGGAUCGCAUCACGACUAAGGAGCUGCUGUGAUCACAUAUUAGUAGCCGUAGCUGCAAUCGGCUGGCGCACACAAGCAACCUGCGUGCUUAAGCAUGAUGGUACGAACACACGACUUGCAAGCAUUCUUGUGCAUGCAUUUCCUCGAACUCCUGUAUGUGCUUCUGGGACUUUUUUUCCCUUGGCCUAUAUUAGAGAAGCUUUUUCACACACACACACACAUACAAGGGCCCAAAGGACGGCCAUCUCACGUGUGGGAUUGCAGUACUUCAAUGUGUUUCAGGUGUAGCGAGGGUGUGAUGGAUUCGGGAAUUCUCCACUCUGUGUGUUCCGUAGACGUGUUACUGUGCUUCGUGCCACGUAUGCGUCCGGAUGACGCAAGAGUUUUGGUGGUCUGUGUAGCGAUUCUGUCGCAAUAGCAUGGUUGUAUGUACGUCGCGACGUACAGUCGAUCGACUCCGUGUUUUUUGGCAAGGUUUUGCAGGAAGAUGUGCAGUAAGGUCAUUUUUUUCG